AGAUACCGAUUUAUGUAAGCAGGUAGCAUUAAUGCGUGUCCUUAUAUAGCACACAAUAGGCUGGCAUUAUUCGCCGCCACGUGCGCCAGUCAGUUCUUAUCGCGCAUCAUUUUCGAAACCGGCACCUUUGGUACAGAACAUUGACUGGUUUAGUCUGAAUACCUACUCUAUGGUUUGGCACAAAUGCAGCACUACAGUAGAAUAACAGAACAAUUUGAACACAUACAGCAAUCAACGCAUCUAAUAGUGGCCGUAGAGCAUUAAAGUUUGCGACUAGGAAAUUUCCGUACAUGAAGAGAUAAAAUUUGCAGAACAUCAAAACAUUUGCAGCAGCAACACGGUAAUACUCAGUUAUCAGUCAGGCUGCAUGUGUCUUUCAAGAUUGUUCUCAACAGUUUUAGAUUCGUAACUUCUUUCGCUGAUUUUACAUGCACAGUAUAAAUAUCUGCACAUGAAAAUUUUUUUUCCACGGAGAAAAAAAAUAUAUUAUGAAAUGCCGGCAGACGUUUCUCUCCAAUUAGACUCUCCUGUCUCUACAGCGUAUUCUGCGAGCGCGCCAUAUGAGUCAGUUGUUAAGGCGUUUAUUGAGGAUAAGUCGGCUUCAUUAGACGACAUAAGUCUUGCCAUUUGGAACCAUCCGGAAGUGGCUUUUGAAGAGUUCUACGCAGCUAAAACGAUCACCGUUUUCCUAGAACAAGAAGGCUACGCGGUAACCCGAAACUACUGCAACCUAGAAACCUCGUUCUUAGCGGAAUUUCAAACGGCGAAAUUCGACGGCAAAGUGCACGCAACCGUUGCAGUGCUGCUGGAAUACGAUGCAUUGCCGGAGAUCGGACACGCAUGUGGCCAUAACCUCAUUACCGAAGCCGGGCUAGCUGCAUUUUUAGGAGUGCGUCAUGUGCUGGAAAACUCUGAUAUCCAAGGACGGGUUGUCUGCAUGGGGACCCCGGCCGAAGAAAUAUUCAGUGGAAAGUCUAAACUUAUCGAUGCCGGAGCGUUCAGCAAUGUGGAUUUCGCUUUGAUGGCACAUCCGAGUCCCAUUGACAUCCUGGAAAUGGAAACACUCGCUGUCAAUCGGUUAGAAGUAGAGUUUUUUGGAAAGGCAGCUCAUGCAUCCUGUGGGCCGUGGGAAGGCAUCAAUGCACUAGACGCCGCAGUGGCUGCCUACAACAAUAUUUCUAUGCUACGGCAGCGUCUGCGAGCGGGCAACCAGGUGCACGUCAAUGUCGUUGACGGGGGCGCCAAGCCCAAUAUUAUUCCAGACUAUACGAAGUGCAGCUACUUUCUCCGGGCACCUACGACGGUUGACAUGAAGACGCUGCAGAAGCAGGUGAUGGCGUGUUUUGCAGCAGCUGCCACUGCUACCGGAUGCCGCUUCCAAACUGAGGCGAAAGAUCCUGCUUGUGGAGCGCUGAUGUUGAACAAGACCAUGCUAUCUCUUUACAAACAUUACGCCGUAAAAAACGGAAUGGACUAUCGUCCUUCUCGGCCGUGUUACGGAUCGACCGAUAUGGGAGAUGUAUCAGCAGUUGUUCCCAGCAUUCAUCCAGCUUUUGCUAUUGGCGAAACGGUAAUGGUCCACACAAAAGAAUUCCAAGCACUUGCUGGUACACCAUUUGCGCACCAGUGUACCCGACGUGCCGGACUCGUUAUGGCCAUGACGGUAUUGGAAGUUCUCGCCAAUCCAGAUUUGCAGUGUACAAUCCGUAACGAAUUUAUCGAGCGCAGGAAAACGUUUAUUGGAAUCGAUGUAGAAUCAUCAACCGCAAGAGGCGAUUUUACUGUUUACUGAUCCCUGAAGACUCUUACUCGACACUCGCCAGUACUAGUUCAUAUUAGAACUUGGAUCGAGAAUUGGAGGUUUUAUUGUCCUUUAACGUUUAACAAUAACAGUAUCUGCUUGCAGUUUGUGAUCGUUUGACAAGUUUUCUUGCUGCGCCACUGCGACAGUUGAUUUUCGUUUCUGAAAGGUUUUGCUGAAUUUUUCACUCGCAAAACUUAAAACCGAAAAGACGUACAUUCCGCUUGUUAUGUAAAAUACCAUAUUCAGUCUACGGAAACUCAAGGGAUGGGUGUGGCUUUCUUUUACAAUCUCCCGCUGUCCCUGAGAACUGCGACCGGCGACUUGGUCCUUAUAAGACAUCAU